CGCGUGCGCAGUGCGCUCCCGCGCUGGCCGGGUUCCGCGGAGUGUCAUGGCGGCGCCCAGGGCCGCAGCGGGCGGCUUCCUGAAAGAUGUCGUGGCCUACGUGGAAGUGUGGUCCUCCACGGAGAGGGAGAACUAUUCCAAGACCUUCUCACACCAGCUCACGGCCAUGGGGGCCAAGGUCUCAAAAACUUUUAACAAACAAGUGACUCAUGUGGUUUUUAAAGAUGGAUACCAGAGCACCUGGGACAAGGCCAAGAAGAGAGGGGCAAAGCUUGUGUCGGUGCUGUGGGUGGAAAAAUGCAGGACGGCAGGAGCACACGUGGACGAGUCCCUGUUCCCUGCGGUCAACACCAAGGAGCCUUUGCCAGGUCUGCUUAGGAAAAAACAUAAGUGUAUGCAGCCGAAAGACUUUGUUCCAAAAACACCAGAAAAUGAUAGAAGACUGCAGAGGAAAUUUGAGAAAAUGACUGAAGAGCUACAGAGGCAGAAGAUGACCUCAGGGCCGGAUGCUCCCGUUCUCUUGUUUGAGUGUCCGGGCUCGCUGACGUACAGCCCGUCUGCCACCUUCCGCAGUCACCAGAACGCCACGGAGAAGAGGCUGGAGGAGACGGAGAAGAGGGAAGAGCUCUCCCCGACAUCUUCCCCCGUGACUGGGCAGCCUCGGAAGAACCCAGGAACCUCUUUCCCUGAGGCAUCCUGUGACGUGCCACUUGAUCCUUUGUGUUCAGGUAAACUCUGGGCCCGCAGUUUGCACCCAUCUUUCCGUGGUCUCUGUGAAAACCAGGACGAGAACCGGGGAGGCUCUGCGCGUGGCGCCUGCGCUUCCUUGUCCGCGAUGAUGGACAGUACUCGGCCAUCGCCAUCAUCCACGUCCCCCAGCCAGCCACAUCCCCGGGAACCCGUGAGCAGUCCUCUCGGGGAGGAAAGAAGCUGCCAGAGAGACCGGCCAGGGGAACCGGCCAGCCCGGACCCAGCACGAGCUGCAAGCGCGUCUGAGAAGCUGGCUGGAAAAUAUAGUUUGUCUCCGGCAGUGUCAACAGAAGACCACCUUUUAGCACAUUCCAGACCCAGCUCCUCCACAAAGAGAAAAAGAACAGCGGUGGACCUGAGUUCAGCUCCAAAAGAAAAACUGAAGAGGAGGAGCCACAGCAGAGGGCCCGCCCUGCGGCCCUGGACCAAGACAGGGCCCAGCCUGCCACCGCCGGCCCAGCCCGCCCCACUGUCCCCUGGCUGUGGCGGGGUGUCCUACGAGGACUACUUCUCAGCUGACAAUCUGAAGGAGAGGAAAUCAGAGCUGCUCCCGGCUCUGUCUUCCCCCCUCAGCUGCCGGAGCUUUUCUAAGAGGGAGAGAAGAAGCGUCUUAGAAAGGUCUGAUUUUUCCUGCAUGGGUGAAAAAUCCAGACCGGUCCACAUGAGCGAUUUAGCUGCAAAAACGAACUCCCAUCUUCAUAAACCUGCAGUUGACAACAUGCGUCCCGCUUCUAGUUGUGUGGCUUUAGAAGAACCAGCUGCAGUGGAGCAAGGCCCAGGCCACACCCGGCAGGCUGGCCCUCUGCAGAGGGGAGACUCCCACUCAACAGAGGGCACCCACCCUCACGGUGCAGACCCCUCUCCAUGCCCAGCGGAGCCCUCUGGCGGCCGAAGGCCCGGGCAGAGCCCCCGAGAGGAUGUGAGAGAUCGGACAGGCACGGAAAGCGCCCAGAAAGAAGACGAUUGUGGGCUUGACUUUGGAGAAGACUCGAACACAGAGAGAUCCGCAGAAGACAAGGAAAACGUGUCCUCCAGCUGCAGUGAAAAUGUUAAAAAUGGACCAGCAAGGCGUGAUUUUCCAGACAACCCCUGUACAGGCUUUCAGAACCUUGUCAGACCUGAGGAGCCAAAGAAAAGUGAGAAAGGGAAGAAGCCAACAAGAACAUUAGUCAUGACAAGCAUGCCAUCUGAGAAGCAGAACGUCGUCAUCCAAGUGGUGAAGAAACUGCACGGCUUCUCGUUUUCCCCCGAGGUCUGCGAGACCACCACCCACGUGCUGGCCGGGAGGCCGCUCCGCACCCUGAACGUGCUGCUCGGCAUGGCCCGAGGCUGCUGGGUCCUGUCCUACGAAUGGGUACUGUGGUCUUUGGAGCUGGGUCACUGGAUUUCUGAGGAACCUUUUGAACUUUCAACUCACUUCCCUGCUGCUCCUGUCUGCCGACGUGAGCGCCAACUCUCCGCCGGCCAGUACCAGGGAACCCUCUUUGCUGACCAGCCCUUGAUGUUCAUCACCCCGGCCAGCAGCCCCCCCAGAGCCAAGCUGUGCGAGCUGGUGCUCCUGAGCGGAGGCCACGUCAGCCCAACCUCCCAGCAGGCCGUCAUCGUCAUCGGACCCUACACUGGAAAGAAGAAAGCCACCGUCAAGUAUCUGUCAGAAAAAUGGGUCUUAGAUUCCAUCACUCAGCACAAGGUGUGUGACUUUGAAAACUACUUGUCUCUUCAGUGACGAGAGCUUGGCCUGUGGCCACUGCGGCAGGCUUGCAGAGCUACCUUACAUCCCCAAGUGAGAAGUGGCUGUGAAAGAAGGAUCUCGUGUGCCGAGGACGGCUGCGGCCCCGCGUCUGCCCCGCGUCUGCCCCGCGUCUGCCCCGCGUCUGCCCCGUGUGUGAUGGGGCCUUCGUCUCCAGAACGCAUGCGUGACCUGCUGGUGGUCGCGCCUGUAUCCCCCAGCAGCGCUGGCCAGGCUCCUGCUAGGCGCUUUUUCUGCUAGGCUAGUUUUUUAUACCUUAGUCAUAAUCAUAAUUAAAAUGACACCGAAAUUUGUCCUUAAAGCAUUGUACUCCCAGAAUAAAAACUAACUUCAAUUGUUUGACUGCCAAGAAUAGCCAGAGAACCCCAUACAUCUAUUGGCUUCUCGGGAUGUGAUAGUCCUAGUAAAUACGAAGGCUGUUCGCCUGUGAUUGAAGUUCCGUUGAUGUAUCUGAGGUCCCCCCACGGUGACUGUGGAGGAUGUGUGGCGGUGUUGUAUGAUGAGCUCGCUCCUGUGGGCAGCGCAGCACUGGCAAAAGGCCGAAGCCUGCACCGGCCCACGGUGCCCUGGAAGGUAGAGGAACACCAGUCCCAGUAGGAGGGGAGAUGGCGCUGAAUGCUCACCACACGGUAUUGUUACCUUAUUUGUCUGCUCCCUGUCUGAGCGACUGAAGUCCUAUCUGCCCAACGCUUCACUCAGAAAAUGCCUGCCGCCCUAGCCUCUGCCCACAGAGGCUGUGUCUGCAGUGCCAAAGAGUGACUGGACCACACUCCACGCAUGUGCCCUGCUCGCAAGGGAAGCUCGGCCUGUAGGCAGAAGCCACUGAGUGCUCCGUCCCCUGACGUAACCCCCCACCUCCGCUCCCUGCGGAUCAUGCCCACCAAGGUUGCCCUAAGUGAUGUCUAAUUCGUAAGUGCUCUCUUGCAGUUUAUUAAACCUCCUUCCCACUCUGACCUCUGAGGCUGGGCAGGUGGGUUCUUAUUUUUUCCUUUGCUCAUCAAAAGUAGAUAUUCGCUCAUUUAAAGACUUUAAGACAAGUGUCAGGGUUUGGAAAGCGUAUGACCCCAGUAAGGUCAACUCACCCAUCUAUAUGUACACUGACUGAGGACAGGUAAGUUGGCAUAGUGGCUUAUUCAUAAGAAUAUCCACACCCUUGAUACACAUAAUAGAAAUAAAACAUCCUAAUAGAAGAAAUCUUUAUGAUGU